CCAUUAUUGUUUUUUUAAUAAAAAUUUUUUUCCUCUGCUCUGUAUUUUUCUUUCCCUAAGCUACGGAGUCUUCUCUCUUUAUCGAAUCCAAGUUCCUUUUGGAGUUGGAUCUCAGUAGAUCGAUCGGUGGAGCUACGAUCUCGUGUCGAUUUGUUUGGAGCCGUAUAAGUUUAUGGCAAAUAUGAGAACUGCUGCAAAGAGCUCAGCACAUAGUGGGAAGCAAUCUUUUCUUCCUCCAAAGUGCCCUUUUCCAACUGUAUCACCAUCCCAUUUUGACUAUGGAUCUAUAGGACCCAAAUGUGUCCCUAGAUCAAAAGAGGGACAAAGGCACCAUCAACGCACUUCCUCUGAGAGCUUUCUAAUUGAGGAGCAACCAUCCUGGCUUGAUGACUUGCUUAAUGAGCCAGAGAUGCCAGUGAGGAGAUCAGCUCAUCGCCGUUCUACAAGUGACUCUUUUGCAUAUUUAGAUGCUGCGAAUUUUUCCCAUACUGGUAAUGUAGGUCAGGAGCAACUCAGGCAACUGAGCAUUCCAGGCCUUCCAGUGUUUUCUCCUUGGAAUUCCCAGGAGUCUGAUCACCGUAAAGAUGUACAUCAGGUUCCUUAUUCUCCGGAUACGAAUUCAUUUGCAAGGCCUCAAAACAGAGUAUGGGAGUCUACAGGAAAUUUCACCAGUAAUCCUAGCAACACUUUCAUUGAAAAGGAAAAGACCAUUCAUCCACGGUCAUCCUGCACUAGUACUGAAUCUGAUCUAUUCAAAACUAGUUUCUGUGAAAAGAAUGAUCACCCAGAUUCUACGCAAGAUGCAAAGAGUACCUCUGAGAACAAGGAUAAUUUUAAGCAGAUGGAAUUAGAUUCAAAGAGAGUUAAACAGCAAUAUGCUCAGCGGUCUCGGGUUCGUAAACUCCAGUACAUUGCUGAGCUUGAAAACCAUGUCCAGGCAUUACAGGCAGAAGGAUUGGAAGUUGCUGCUGAACUUGAAUUUUUGGACCAGCAAAAUCUUAUUCUGAAUUUGGAGAAUCAAACCUUGAAGCAGAGACUUGAUAGUCUAGCUCAGGAGAAGCUUAUAAAACGUGUUCAACAGGAAACUCUGGAACGUGAGAUAGCUCGUCUUCGACAACUAUAUCAGCCACAACCACAAGAACAGCCUUAUUCUGCUCAUCGCAGUAGUAGCAUUAGAGAUCUUGAUUCCCAGUUUCUGAAUCUUUCUUUGAAGCACAAGGAGAAAAGUUCCGGGCAAGAACCAGUUAGCGGCCCACUUCACAUUUAGCAUUGACCCUUCUGAGCUGUUGUGAGCUUAACAUGCCCUAUUUGACCUCAUUCACCUGCAUGAACUGACACCAAAUGUGCCUUGGAGAGGUAUGUUGGAGAAUUGAAACUGCUGCACAAACUUGGUGAAUAAUUUCAGAUCAUCAGUUACUUCAAAUAUCAAAUUCUCUUUUUUCUCCCCCCUUUCUCGAUAUGUUAUCUAGCAGUCACUUUCAGCUCUUAUGAGCAGUAAGUGGUGUUAGGUUCUUGUACUACUAUGUUCAUUUCUUCAUUUCUGUAUCAUCGUGAAUUCUGCUUGGCUUUCACCCUUACAUUUUCAAUGUAAUCUUUACUACGUCCUCACCUGUUUAAUAUUAGUUCAUAGGAACUAUAUCAUUCGAGGAAGGGCUGAAGAAUGAUUCUCGCCUUUCGUAUCUCUGACUCAUUAACUAAUUUUAUUGCCAAUUAAAUGUCUUUGUGUUGAGAUAUGGUAUG